GUUAAAAAUGAGAGACAGAUUUUCAGUUACAACAUACAUAAACGAAAGGUAGUAAUAAUAUAGCAUGGAGAUGUUGGCUUCUCUACACACACUCCCAUCUCCAUUGCCACCUACAACUACUUCAUCAUCAUCAGAACCUUCAUAUAAGACUCCAUUCAUUACAAGGAGAAGAGCCAUUAUCUCUGCUUCAACUGCUGCAAUAGCUUCUUUACUCCAUAUUUCAAAUCCCAUUCCUUCUUUAUAUCCAUCCAUCGCUCUGCAACCUCAACAAGUGGAGCUUGAUCAAGAAGAAGAUAGGAUCGUUCGUCUAUUUCAGGAAACAUCACCAUCGGUUGUGUUCAUUGAAGACCUUGAAUUAGCUAAAAUCCCAAAGAGCUCUUCCAAGGGAGACAGGGAUGUUGUUGCUGAGGAUGAAGAUGCAAAAGUUGAAGGGACAGGUUCAGGCUUCAUUUGGGACAAAUUUGGUCAUAUUGUUACUAAUUACCACGUUGUUGAUAAAUUGGCUACCGACCAAAGUGGAUUGCAAAGUUGUAAGGUGCUUUUGGCUGAUGCUAGCGGAACUAGCUUUUACAAAGAAGGGAAAAUUGUUGGCAUUGAUCCAGCCUACGAUCUAGCUGUUUUAAAGGUUGAUGUUGAGGGCUAUGAACUAAAACCUAUUGUUGUCGGCACUUCUCGGGAUUUACGCGUGGGGCAGAGCUGUUUCGCCAUUGGAAAUCCCUUUGGAUAUGAGAACACUCUAACCACAGGGGUGGUUAGUGGAUUAGGCAGAGAGAUACCUUCCCCAAAUGGCAGAGCAAUUCGAGGAGCAAUCCAGACAGAUGCCGCCAUUAAUGCAGCAGGCAACUCAGGUGGACCAUUGAUUGAUUCCUAUGGUCAUGUCAUCGGCGUUAAUACCGCAACUUUCACUCGGAAAGGGACAGGAAUUUCCUCUGGUGUUAACUUCGCGAUACCAAUCGACACAGUUGUCCGAACAGUUCCUUACCUUAUUGUAUAUGGAACCCCAUAUAGUAACAGGUUUCAAUAAUGUUUUGGCCUGAAGAAAAUUCAUAUAUGAUGUACAUAGCCAUAUGUAUACAUACACAUUUCAUCAGAUACAAUUUGCAUCAAGAAAUUGCAAAGACCUUUAAGUAUUAAGUUGCAA